AGUUACUGAUGUGCAAUUGAUCUCAUUUGUGGUCUGGAGGUCUGCUUUAUGCCCCUAAAAGGCUUCUUAAGAGACCUUUCGUGGUACAGAAACAUUCCUGAUGAAGACCUUGAAUUCUAAAGAGAUUUAAACCUGAAAAGUUUGGAGAUAAACUAUGGAUCAUAAAGCUGAGGAGAAAAGAAGGCAGCGCCAUAGCCUGGCUUUAUUGGAACAAGUGAAGAGAAUGAAAGAAUCAGCAGAGAUAAUUGAUGUUGUCCUAGUUGCAGAAGGUGAGAAAUUUCCCUGCCAUAAGGUGGUGCUGGCAGCCUUCAGUCCCUAUUUCAGAGCCAUGUUUACCUGUGGCUUGGUUGAGUGCACACAAAGAGAAGUGGUGCUGUAUGACAUCUCCGCAGAGAGUGUGUCUGUAAUACUCAAUUACAUGUACAGUGCAGACCUGCACCUCACUAAUCAGAAUGUGCAGACUGUUGCCCUUUCUGCAUAUUUCAUGCAGAUGGAAGAUGUUUGCAGGAUGUGUCAGAAGUACAUGAUGGACCAUAUGGAUGCCUCCAACUGUGUGGGCAUCUACUACUUUGCAAACCACAUCGGGGCAGAAGAUUUAUGUGAUCAAGCAAGGAAAUACUUAUAUCAGCAUUUUGCUGAAGUGAGCUUACAAGAAGAAAUAUUAGAGAUUGAAUUCCAGCAGCUGUUGACUCUCAUAAAAUCAGACGAUCUGAAUAUUUCCAGGGAGGAGAGCAUUCUGGACCUUGUCAUCAGGUGGGUCAAGCACAGCAGAAAGUCACGCGCAGAGCACCUUAUUGAGCUCCUGAAGCAAGUGAGACUGGUACUUGUGAGCCCUUCUUUCCUUGUGGAAGCCCGGAAGAGGAACACAAUGAUCCUGUGCAGCUCAGAAUGCAACGAUAUGUUUGAGGAAGCACUAAAAACCAUUGAACUCUCCAAGCCCCCUUCUCUCAGCCUGCGAUAUGGCAUGGAGACUACCGACCUCUUACUCUGCAUCGGCAACAAUUCUCUGGGCAUAAGGUCAAGGCACGGCAGCUACGCGGAUGCCAGCUUCUGCUACGCCCCCGCGACGCGGAAAACUUACUUCAUUUCCUCUCCAAAGUAUGGAGAGGGUUUAGGAUGUGUCUGUGCUGGUGUUGUCACCGAGAAAAAUGAUAUUAUUGUGGCAGGUGAGGCAAGUGCCACCAAAAUGUCUAGACAAAAGACCAGGAACAUCGAAAUUUAUAGGUACCACCAGCAAGGAAAUCAGUUUUGGCACAGCCUGUGCACUGCUGAGUUCCGCGAGCUCUAUGCGCUGGGCACCGUCCGUGAUGAUCUCUAUGUAAUAGGAGGGCAAAUGAAAGUGAAAAAUCAGUAUCUGGUCACAAACUGUGUGGAGAAGUAUUCCAUGGAGCAAGGCACCUGGAGAAGCACAGCACCUCUUCCACUGCCCUUAGCCUGCCAUGUGGUGGUGACGGUGAAGAACAAGCUCUACGUGCUGGGUGGCUGGACACCGCAGAUGGAUCUGCCUGAUGAUGAGCCGGAUCGAUUAAGUAACAGAACGUUUCGGUACGACCCAGGCCAAGACAAAUGGACAGAAGGAGCACCAAUGAGGUACUCCAAAUACCGCUUCAGCACUGCCGUAGUCAACAGCGAGAUUUAUGUCUUGGGAGGUAUUGGAUGCCUCGGUCAAGACAGAGGACAGACACGGAAAUGUCUUGAUGCAGUGGAGAUCUAUAACCCUGAUGGAGAUUUUUGGAGGGAUGGACCUGCUAUGCCUUCUCCCCUCCUCUCUUUACGAACAAACUGCAGCAGUGCAGGCUCCGUGGACGGGAAACUGUACCUCUGUGGAGGAUUUCGUGGAGCAGCACGUCAUGAAGUCAUCACUAAAGAGAUCCUCGAGCUGGAUACGUGGGAGAACCAGUGGAACGUGGUGGCUGUCAACGUCCUCAUGCAUGACAGCUAUGAUGUUUGCCUUGUUGCUAGGCUGAACCCACGGGAUCUCAUCCCUCCUCCCCCUGAUUUAGUGGACCAAUAGAAGUUCAAUGACUUUCAGUGCUUCCAGAUUCUGCAGAAACUGAAGAGUUUGGAAAGACAAGUGCUGGACUGGCUCUAGAUGACAGAUGAGUCCUUCAGAGAGGAGCCAGCAACAUGUGCUUAAGGGCAGGAUUGCAUGUGAGCUGUGCUUCUCAGAUGAUGCUUCAUUUGCUAGUACUGGUACUCUGGACUUCCCUGAUGGAAAACUGAGAUUUCCCAGCCCUCUUCAUCUUCCACCUGGCUGUGCAAGACCCAAUGUUGGGUGCAGUCUGAGCUUCUGGGACCCUUUGUCUCACAGGCACAGCAACAGGACAGGACUAUUUUCACAGCAAAGCAUGACACAUUAAGGAAAGUUCUAGCCAGGAAAUUCUUUUUGCUGUUCAUCCUACCUGGUUCUACUAAGCUCCUGGGGAGGCUAAGAAAUAGUAAGUCAGAUGACAAAAAACAGUCCAGCUGUGCCAAUGGAUGAGACUGUACUGGACUGAUGCAGGAGCAGAGGGAAAACAGAGAAAAGCCUCUGUUUUACACAACAACACAAAAAUUAGCCAAGGUUCAUUAGACAAGGACAGCAGCUACUAUAAACAUGAUCUAAUCCACAGACAGGACAGUCAGGAGAUCUUUUAUUUUUGCCAACAGAACUGAACCUAUGCUAGUAGGAAACUGUUUUUUUUUUUUUGCAACAAGUCAUAAGCAAGUCUUCCACAGGGUUUGUAGGCAGUCUGUACCAAAGACAAGAAGCAUCCUAAAAUUUGAUAUAGACCCUACCUGUUACAAGGUCUGGUGUGAUAGAAUCUUAAAGCUCACUUAGAAAACUCUCUUCCUUUAAGAGAUGGAGAAGGCAAUGUAAACAAAAAAGUAAUAAAUGAGAUGAGUAUUAUCUGCAUAUCAGUUCUGUAGCCACAGGGAAAGAAUAGAUGUGCUCAGCAAUAAAUGGUUAUGUAACAGUAGCUGCUUUUAUAGAUGUAGCUUUAAUGAAGCAGCACGAGGCAAAUUCUCUAACAGCAGACCUGGUUAUGACCACAGGGAAGAGGAAAAACUCAGUGUUAGUCUUUCUAAGGUCCAAAGACAGUAGGUCACAGAGAAAAUGUUACCAGUACCACUAUGGCAUUUGAAUUACCAACACUUAUUCACCUGUUCUGUGGUGCCUGCCUUAUAGUGUAUCUGUCUGCCCCUGCCUAGGCAGAAUGGAUAAGAGAACUGGAAACCUCCCUUGUGCUUGCUGGCCAAAGUUGCAAACAGUAGUGUGCUGCAAUGCAGAGUGAAUGGCAGGGGCAAACACUAAGAGUAAGCUGUGGUAUAGUACAAGAAUGAUAACUGUCAGCAAGAAGUUGCUUUUGAUGGCUGCAAAAGCAGCUACAAAACUGGAAGGAAAUGACUGGUAAAGAAACAGGGGAAUAUAUCAGGUAAUUCAUCUCUAGCUACUCUCAGGAUUUGCACUUCAGAGCAUCUCCAUGUACUCUUUCAAUUGCAUUUUAGGCUGCAAAAAUGCCAGCUGGUUUGUUUGGGGAUUUUUUUUUUUUUUUUGCCUGCUGUGUUAAUGGCAGAGAGAGAUGGAGAGGAUGACCCAAAAGCCCCUUCCCAGUUCUGACUUUUGUGAUUCAUGAACUAUUCCCUAAAAUAUCCACUGGGAGUAUUAAGCUGUCACAUAAACAAUUUGCAGGAAGGUCACUACAGUUCACCUGGUAAGUACAGCAGGACACUGAAAACUGCUCAGACAAAAAGGAGUUGGGGAGGGGGAAACUAAAGAAAACAUAUAGGAAAAGACUGAAUCUCUGAGCCUCAUACAGCUCAUCUCUUGUCUCCCUUUGUGCUUCCCAAGGAGAAUGAGUGCCACAGCAUAAGCAUGUACUCUUCUGUUUGUAUCACAGCAUUGUGAGGGCUGGAAGGGACCUCAAGGAUCAUCUAGUUCCAACUCCCCUGCCAUAGGCAGAGACACCUCGCACUAGAUCAGGUUGCUCAGACUCCCAUCCAUCCUGAUCUUAAAGACCUCAAGGGAUGGGGGCUUCUACCACCUCCCUGGGCAACAUGUUCCAGUGUCUCACUACCCUCAUGGUGAAGAACUUCUUCCUAACAUCCAGUCUGAAUCUACCCAUUUCUGUAUCAUGCAGUCACUCUCUUCUGUUGUUCAUAUGCAGUUCAUCAUCUAUCUAGAACAGAGUUGUGACAAGGAUGGACUUCAGUAGUAAAGAUCACCAACCACUCUGGUUUCUAAAUGCAGCUGUAGCUAUGAGAUCAAAGAAGCCAACUUCUUUUUUGUUAAUUGUGUUUUAAAACAAAAUCAGUAGAAAGUUCUUCCAAUUAACUGCCCAAUACUGCAGACUCUGCUUUUAAUGUUCUCUUUUACUAAAAGAGUAAAGAUAGUUCUCUUCUAAUUUCUUUAUAGAGCUCUCAAAGCAGCUGGAAACCAUGCUCUUGAGCAUCAGUUAAGUGUCUCCUUGUGAAACUCCAAACUCUACUGAUUCUGCUUCUUUCACCUCUUUUUGUUUCAAGGAAAAAAAUGUUUCAAAGAUCUUCUUUAUUUUCUCUUCCUUCAGUCUCUGCUCUGUGGUCUAUUCCUGACAGUUCAAAUCCUCAUGUGGUUUAAAGCCUGAGUUAAUCUACUGCAUUUCACUCUCUGAAAGGCAGUCCACUUGGAGUAUUUCAAGGGGAAAAGGGACACUUUUCCAAGCUUUUAUUAGUUGUAUUUGAGUAUAUAUAUGGAACAUAGCUGAGGCUCCUCUAUUAAACCGUUGUUCCAGUAGUAAGUUGGCUAUUUCUUUCCCACAUUGUAUGUUUUGCUUUUUAGACUGUUAUUUAGUGAGCUGAAUGGAAGGAAAGUAUGUACUCAGAGAUAGUCUGUCUUUAUAAUCAAGGAGAAUCAUUGUUUCGUAUGCUGCCUUUGCAAUCAGCCAGUCUGAGCUGGAGCAGGCCAUAUGCAGGCUUCCCUUCAAGUGCCACUAGCAAGUGACCUGCUCUUGUGUGCGCUGAGCAUUGCAUUUUCUGAUGCCUCCAGUGACUGCAAGGACUCUGUGUCUUCCAGUUGCAGUCAAAGUCCACGUGUCCAGCACUAUAUAUCAAGCAGGGAAUUGUUUUCUGCUGGAUUAAGUAUCUAGAAUGUAGGCAUUAACUUCUUAACUUUGUGUGAGCCCUGUGUAGGUCAUGGCUUGCCCUUGGGGCGACUACAAUUUCUAAACCAAUGCUUGGAAAUGGGAACUUGACUGAGGAAGGAAGAAAGAAAGAAAAGCAGAAAGAACACUUAUUGAGAGGUAUAGAUCUCAGCCAAUUUUUUUUCUGAGAGUAUAUGAAUACUGCACAUAUGAUAUGUCCUUGGGUAGACUCACAUUGCUGGGAAAGUCCUUAAGAGGAUUAACUUCUACUACAAAUCCUGAUGAAAAUAAUAAUAAUUAAAAAAAAAAAAAAGAAAUUACAGAAUCUGCCUUCUCCAAGCUUGUGAGUUUUACUGAAAUAACAGUUUACUUCAGCCCCUUUCUGUUUGAGCAGCAGUUAGCUGAGUGUUUAAUCAAGGCUGUCUUGACAUCAUCCAUAAUUCUGCAAAGCAAACAAAGCAGUGCUGGCAAGCUCCCGACGCUCUAAGUGAAUGGGGGGAAUUGAAGCAAAGGCACACACUUCAGUUUCACUUGGAAAUCUGAAGCACAUCUACUGCUUGCCAAGUAUGAAGAGAAAACAUUGGAGAGGUAGCUGGUCACGUGGCACACAGGGAGUUAAAAAGUAAGUGGAAAGCUAUAAAAAGCUAAUUGAAGCUCUCCAUUUUUAUCCCCAGCUCAGGUUGUGUGUUGAAAUUGUCCAUGGAUAAUUGAUUUCAUAAGGAUUUGUGCAGAUCUUAUCUCUGUUUUCAUACAUGGGCUCAGAGGAACUGCCCAAAGACGUGAGCCAUCUGACUACCCACCCUCACAUACUGCUGCUGUGGCUGCCUGUGGCUCAGUCCCUGCCUAUGCCAGACAAACACAACCUGCAUUUUGCAUGUGUGCAACACUGAGAUUUCUGGGACAGCUUCUGUAUUGUGUUCCAGCUGCAUUGUGCCACUCAAAAAGCCUUGAUUUGCCAAGAGAAAAUUGCCUUGGUUCCCACAGAGCUGUCAGCUUCUCUACCAGCACUCACAGAUAUACUUCAGGUAAGAGGCUGAGAGAGUAUCAGAACUGAGACACUGGCAACAGCGAUGAGAGGUGUUCCCAGAACGUUAGAGCACGCAACAGAGGCAAGGUGUGAUGAAACCAUCCUUCCCAUCUUGUCACAAGGAGAGUUCAGAUGUAAACCACUUUUUCAUUUGUAUUUGCUUUUCCCUUCUAGUUGAAGUGUGUAAAGAGCUACUUGAUCACCUGAAAGGCAAAGAAAACAUGUGCUAGAGUAAUUAAAGUACAUCAACAGA